CCUUCUAACAUAGAUUUUCACAAUUUGCAUUUGCAUGAUCAGUCAGUCAUUCAGUCAGCAGUCCAAUUAUUCUUCACUUGUCUGAAUCUCUGAGUUCUGACCACUCCACACUGAGAAACAAACAAGAAGAAGAAAACAGAACUCACCAUUCAAUUAUUUCACUUCGUUUUUCAUUUUUUUGCAUAAUCACUUAUGGAGGAAAGGCCAGAGACUGAACUAAUAUCAAUACCUGCCACCCCUCGCGCGUCGACGCCGGAGAUACUGACCCCUUCCGGUCAGAGGUCGCCGAGGAAGGAAUCCAGCACGGCGAAGUCAUGGACUCCGACUUCGUUCAUUUCGCCGAGGUUCUUGAGCCCUAUUGGGACUCCCAUGAAGAGGGUUUUGACUAAUAUGAAGGGAUAUUUGGAGGAGGUGGGGCACUUGACGAAGCUGAAUCCUCAAGAUGCUUGGCUUCCCAUUACGGAAUCGCGCAAUGGGAAUGCACAUUAUGCGGCUUUUCAUAAUCUGAAUGCUGGUGUGGGAUUUCAGGCCUUGGUCUUGCCAGUUGCUUUCUCUUUUCUUGGAUGGAGUUGGGGAAUAAUUUCUUUAAUUAUAGCCUACAUCUGGCAGCUAUACACUCUAUGGAUUCUAGUUCAGCUACAUGAAGCAGUUCCUGGGAAGAGAUACAAUAGAUACAUUGAACUAGCCGAAGCAGCCUUUGGGGAGCGAUUGGGUGUCUGGCUUGCUCUUUUCCCCACUGUUUACCUAUCAGCAGGGACUGCAACGGCUUUGAUUCUUGUGGGAGGGGAGACCAUGAAACUAUUCUUUCAGAUAGUUUGUGGUCCCCUCUGUUCGUCUAAUCCUCUGACGACUGUUGAGUGGUAUUUGGUAUUUACGUCCUUGUGCAUCGUAUUAUCCCAGCUUCCGAACCUCAAUUCAAUUGCCGGACUCUCGCUAGUUGGGGCGGUGACUGCAAUCACGUACUCGACCAUGGUGUGGUUGCUCUCUGUAAGCCAACCUCGACCACCCGCAAUUUCGUACCAACCCCUUUCACUGCCUACAGCAACAGCUUCUGUGUUUUCCGUCUUGAAUGCACUCGGUAUCAUAGCAUUUGCAUUUAGAGGCCACAAUUUAGUCCUUGAAAUUCAGGUUCUCUCUCUCCCUCUCCUGGCUUAUGGAAACCUCAUGCCUUCUGGAGGAAUUCUUAAUGCGUUAUUCGGAUUUCAUAGUCACGAUAUUUCAAGGGGCCUUCUUGCAAUGACAUUUCUUCUUGUUGUGUUUAACUGCUUGAGCAGUUUCCAGAUAUACUCAAUGCCGGUUUUUGACAGUUUUGAAGCCAGCUAUACAAGCCGUACAAAUCGUCCUUGCUCUAUUUGGGUGCGCUCCGGUUUCAGAGUUUUCUAUGGAUUUGUCAAUUUACUUAUAGGGGUGGCACUCCCUUUCCUGUCAAGCCUUGCCGGUUUAUUAGGAGGUCUCACUCUUCCAGUCACCUUCGCAUACCCGUGCUUCAUGUGGGUUCUUCUUAAAAAGCCAACAAAGUACAGCUUCAAUUGGUACUUCAACUGGAUUCUUGGUUGGUUGGGGAUUGCAUUUAGCUUGGCCUUCUCUAUGGGGGGUAUUUGGAGUAUUGUAAACAGUGGGCUUAAGCUGAAAUUUUUCAAGCCGAACUGACGAAUGAACUGAUAAAUUACCUUAAAAGGCGUGUGGUUUGGUAAGUUGGAUUAGACGUUCUGGACAAUGUUAAAGAAGAAAAUGAAGUUAAUAUCUUGUCUCGUCUAUCAUGUCUAGUAUUGCAUAUGGAACAUGCGAAAAAGGUUUCUACUAUAGUGUGUUUAACCAGUAUCAUCUUAUGGUUUUGAUCCUGGCUAGCUGAUUAAAGGCUUCCAGAUUUUGUUUAAGAAAAAAUUGCUGAAUGUUUUAUUCUACCAGUUUAUAAUUCGUAGUUGCAAUUUGGGUUUA